UUCUUUUUUUCUCUCUCUCACUCUCACUCUCACUCUCACUCUCCCUCUGUGUCUGCUGUGGGUCUGUGUCUGCUGUGGGCUUUUAAUUAAUAAUUCAAAUAGAGAGAUGCAGCAAAGUAGGAAGUUGAGUUGCAUUUCAUCAAGUGAGAGCGCAUGUUUGGAAGGUGAUGAAGAAGGAGAAGAAUCCAUUUUCCUUUCACUCUCCCCUCCAGGCCAACGUAACUCAUUCUCUUCCAAACAACAACAAACCAUUUACCCUAAUUCUUCUCUUCAAAACCCUAAUAAUAAUAAUAAUAAUCAUCAUCAUGAAAAUGGCGCCGCCGUCACCGUCGCAAUGCACAUUGGCCCUCCUCCGGCCCUCAUCUCCUCCGCCCCCUCCGCUGUCCGACCCCUUGACUACUGGAUCCCGACGCCUGCCCAAAUCCUGGUUGGUCCCACCCAGUUCUCUUGCUCUGUCUGCACUAAAACCUUCAACAGAUACAACAACAUGCAGAUGCACAUGUGGGGACAUGGAUCAGAGUACAGAAAAGGGCCAGAAUCAUUAAGAGGAUCAAAGGCAGCAUCAUCAAUGCUUAGAGUUCCAUGCUAUUGCUGUGCAGAAGGUUGUAAGAACAACAUAGAGCAUCCAAGGUCAAGGCCAUUGAAAGACUUUAGGACACUUCAAACACAUUACAAGAGAAAGCAUGGUGCAAAGCCAUUCAGUUGUAGGAAAUGUGGGAAGUCAUUUGCUGUUAGAGGGGAUUGGAGGACACAUGAGAAGAACUGUGGAAAGCUUUGGUUUUGUAUUUGUGGCUCUGAUUUUAAACAUAAAAGAUCCCUUAAAGAUCAUGUUCGUGCCUUUGGAGAUGGCCAUGCACCUCAUACUGUUCAACUUUGUGAAGUUGAAGAUGAUAAUGAUGAUGAUGAAUGGGAGUCGGAUCAUCAUCAUCAUCAACAUCUAAAUGGAUCCCCUCAAACCUGGUCUAUUUAUCAUUAACUUCUUGUUUUUCAUCUUAUAUAUUAACUUACUAUUUUGUUUUGUCCUUAAUUUUUAAUUAAUUAACAUUAUGAUCUACUACUUCCUUCUCUUUUAA